AUGGCAAUGAGCAAACAGUAUCACCAGCAGCAAUAUGUCGCCGGGCUGAGAUCAGACCGUCAUAACUUGAUCGUGUUCGUACACGCGCACUUACACAUCAUACAGCGUCGUCUUGGAUACAAGCAAACUCUGGUGCGUUCGUACAAGCUGCUAGAGAGUUGGGCGGCGUCGUUUGCCGCUGUCUACACUCUCGGCGGUCUUCGCGCGACCUUUUCCAUCGGUAUCUACGGUGGUGGGCCUCAGGCUUACUGGAUCACCUACCUUAUCUCCUCCGUUUUCGUCUUGGUUACCGCUGCCGUCUUGGCUGAGAUCUGUUCUUCCCUCCCAGCCGCCGGUUCCAUCUAUUUCUGGGCCGCUGAAGCUGCCGGACCCCGUUUCGGACGUCUCUUCGCCUUCGUGGUCGCUUGGUGGACAACCACCGCAUGGACCACAUUCGUCGCCUCCAACUCUCAGGGAGCGACGUACUACAUGCUCUCCCAGAUUAAUGUUUGGGGCGGAUCUUUCACCACUGACCCCUCGGACAUCAAAUUCCGUGCCCUUGCCUGGAUCUGCUCCCAGCUCUUCCUCGCGAUCGCUAUGGCGACUUGUUUCUUAGGUGCGAGGGUGUACAAGUACAUUUUCCGCCUUUCCGUCUUCAUGAUCCUGCUCGACUUUUUGCUCAAUAUCAUCUGGGUCCCCAUCGGUGUCAGCAAGACCUACGGCUUUAGGUCCGCCGAGUUUGCCUUCUUGGAGACGAUUAACUGGACUGGUGCUCCCCCCGCCUGGAACUGGAUGUUGUCUUUCUUUGCGACCGGAGGAAUCAUGAUCGGAUUCGAUGCUUCUGGACAUAUUGCCGAAGAGACCAAGAACGCUUCUUUGGUUGCUGCUCGUGGUAUCUGGUGGUCUGCCGUUUCUUGCGUCGCCAUCGGAUUUCCUUACGUUAUUCUCUUCUUAUUCUGUAUGCCCGAUCUGGACACUUUCUCCAGCUUGACCGCUCCCCAGCCUUUCGUCAUGCUCUACAGUCUCGCUCUCGGUAAGGCCGGUUCCGUCGUCAUGAUCGUUCUCAUCAUCUUCACCACCGUCCUCAACACCUCCGUCUCCAUCGUCGCUGCCUCCCGUCUCGUCUACGCCAUCGCACGUGACGGUGUCUUGCCCUUCUCCGGUUGGAUCUCCAAGGUCGCUCCCAACGGUCAGCCCAAGAACGCAUUGUGGGUCAUUUGGGGUGUCUCCGCCAUCGUCCUCUGUACCAUCCUCCCCUCUCCCACCGCUUUCUCCAGUCUGAUCUCGGCAUCCGGUGUCCCCACUGUCGCAUCCUGGGGUCUCAUCGCUUUCGGACGUUUCUUCCUGACGCCUCACCAACUCAUGAAGUCCCGCUGGUCCCUCGGAUUCCUCUCCCGUCCCUUCCACCUCAUCGCAUUCCUCUGGAACACCUUCUUGUCCGGCGUCAUGUUCUCCCCUCUCUUCUUCCCCGUCGACGGAGCUGGGUUGAACUAUGCCCCUGUCAUCAUGGGUGCCGUUACCCUCUUCGCGCUUGCGUGUUGGUGGUUCAUUCCCGAGGAGAAGUGGCUUGAGAAGAGGAAGAUUCGUGCGGUUAUCGCUUCGAAUCAGGAAAACUUUGACGACAUUGUUGGGCACCAGAGUGAGAAGAAUGGUGUUAGGGAGCGUAUUGUUGUUCGUGGUGCUGAGGAGGAGGCUUAA